AUGACCACAUUUACGAUCCGCCCUGUGGCUGAGGAGCCCGUGACGGCAAGCCCACCGGACAGCGACUACCCCUACAAUGCGAAGCAGCCCUUUAAUGCGGACGAAGAAGCGCUGGCUGCGUUAGGAUACAAGUCUGAAUUCAAGAGAGAGUUUUCGCUCUUCGCCACGUGCGCGGUGAGCUUUGCGAUUCUAGGGCUGCUUCCGAGUUUUGCGUCGACACUAUUUUUCAGCAUGGGAUAUGCGGGUACCGCAGGCAUGGCUUGGGGGUGGCCAGUAGCGAUGAUUGGCAUUCAGUGCGUGGCUAUGAGCAUGGCGGAGCUGUGUAGCAGAAUGUACUAUGCUGCUGCCGUGCUGGCGCCUCCAGCAUGGGCACCGUUUGCAUCAUGGCGGCGAGUAUCACCAACCAACCUCCACACUUUCCUGCUUGCAUCCUGCAUCAUGAUCAUCCACGGCCUCAUCUCAUCGAUGCCAACGCGGUGGCUGGCCCAAUUCAACUCUGCAGGCUCGACUUUCAACUUCCUCGCCGUUCGCGGCCUCUCGCGCUUCACUCCCUCUAGCGAAGUCUGGGGCACCAUCCACCAGGGUACUUCGUUCCCGCCGGGCAUCUGCGUGCUCAUGUCGUUUAUCGGCGUCAUCUGGACCAUGUCCGGCUACAGCGCGCCCAUCCACCUCUCGGAAGAAUGCUCAAACGCAAGCGUUGCUGCGCCCCGCGCCAUCCUCGCUACUUCGACUAUCGGCGGCAUUCUAGGCUGGGCCCUCCAGCUCGUUGUCGCUUACACCGUCGUCGAUAUCCCCGCUGUAAUUGCGUCCCCGCUCGGCCAGCCAUUCGCCGCCUGUCUGAUGCAGUGCAUGACGCAGAAGAUGGCCCUGUGCAUCCUCGCGCUGACAGUCAUCGCGGGUUUCACUAUGGGCCAGGGUUGCAUGCUUGCGGCGAGCAGAGUCACGUUUGCGUAUCCGCGUGAUGAUGUCUUUCCUGGAAGUGACAUCUGGAAGGCGGUUAACCCGUAUACCAAAACCCCCGUCAAUGCCGUCUGGGGAAAUGCUUUUAUUGGUAUUUGUCUUCUAACCCUUAUUUUCGGGGGCGAUCUGGCUGUUGGCGCGUUGUUUUCGAUUGGAGGUAUUGCUGCUUCUUUUGCUGUUCCCAUUUCCAUUCGCGUUCUCUUCGUCGGAGACCGCUUCAGACCUGGUCCGUGGAACCUAGGCAAGUACUCUAUCGCUUGCGGUACUGUUGCCUGCUCUUUUGUUGCUCUUAUGAUCCCGGUUCUCUGCUUCCCCAGUGUCACUGGCCCGCAAUUGACCGCUAAAACUAUGAACUGGACAUCUCUUUGCUACGGCGGCCCGAUGUUCAUCAUCAUUUGUUGGUGGUUCAUCUCUGCGCACAAGUGGUUCACGGGUCCCAAGGUAAAUGUUGAGCAUAUGAUGAUGGGCCGCGAUGUCAUCGUAGUAGAUGACCAGGAAGUGGCAAGUGUUAGUGUUAGUGAUGCUACCAAUGUCUCUUCGGAUAAGAUUGUCAAAUCAUGA